AUGUAUUUCGUUACAUUAACGCGCGCCAAUUUCAUUUUGAAUGUACCUGGUAGAUGGGUUCAAGAAAACGAAAAUUUCGUUCAGAGCAAUGUUGUGCAAGUAAUUAUUGAAAAUUUCGAAGAUACACAAAAUCAUUUAAAUAUUUCUUAUAUCGAUUCGGAGGAAUUGGCAAAUUAUUCAAUUUUUGACACCGCUGACAUUGAACUUCAAUUCGACGUCGCUGUGUUCUUCUUACGACGUAAUAACCUCGAGCAACCGUUUCAAUACGGCCAAGCUACAGAGCAACACCUUACACUGAAUGAUGUUCAUUGUCUCAACGUCAAGCUAUUUGUGGAAAUGUUCAAGGCGAAUCAUGAAAUUUUCUCAUGUGGAUGUCUUCAAAGGGCCCAGUAUAAUUUCUAUAAGCUCAAUGAGGUUAUAUUUUUCAAAUCCUUUCUUAACGUGUAUAAAUGUGUGAAGGAGGGCAGCCCUAUUCUAAAGAAAUACCCUUAUGUUUUGAAAACGAAUAUCGAUGCUGUUGACUGCUUCAAAUAUAUUGUUGAAAUGAUUUUCGAGUUCGUCAAAUGCAAAAUAAUAGAUCAGAAUAACUGCGAGUUAAGCAAUAAGCGGAUUCCGAUGCUUCUCGAGCUUCUCCUCAAGGUGCCGAUGAGUAGUUUUCCGGAAUGUUGCAACAUUAUAGUGAACUUUCUACACAGAAUUGAGGAUAAUUCGGAUAUCUCGAAGAGAAGAAAAAUUUAUCGUCAAAUUGUCACGCAAAUUUUCAGUUUUGUCGAGAAAAAUCGAAAAGAGAUAAAACUCGACAAUGCUCUCAGUGCAGUGGUCUUAGAUGGAAAAUAUGAAGAACUGGAUGAAUUUGCGCACCCAUUAAUGUUACUGAAAAUCAUUUCUAAAGGAGAGGAAGCCUGGUCAUCUUGUGAGCAGCUCUUCAUAAAAUACGCAAAGGAAUUGAGUCUGGAUAGCUCUUCCUCAGACUUUCAUAUAAAGCUCAUCUACCUUAUCGAUCUUGCACUUGGAGCAAAUAAAGAAUUUACGGUGAUCAUCCCAAUUUUGAACGGAUUUGCCGAAAACUUCAAUAAGUACAAUGCUGCACAAAAAUGUUUGGCAAUGAGACUCCUUGAGAACGUCGAGGUAUUAAAUGAAAAUUUGCACAAUUUGGUUGAAAUUGAGAAGAAAAAAAUUUUCUCAAAUCUCGAUCCAAGCCAUCGAGAGAAUUGCACCUAUGUCGCGCAAAGCGUCAAAUUCUUGUCAGAAAAAGAGUUUGAAGAAUUAGCGAAACGAAAAAUGCCAACGGACACUUGGCUCGAGAUUUUCAACGAUUCAGACAAUUAUGCGAGACUCAAAACCAACAAUGACGCUUGGGAAAUGGCGAUAAAGCUUUGCGAGCACGAGAGCGCCAUUUCGUUUUUAGUAGAAGCGAUGCAACAAUUGGGCGAGAAAAAAUUUGAGCACUGGAUUAAACGCAGAUUUGAGCAAAUUAUGAACAAUUUUAAAACCGAAGAUGUCGCAACAAUUACGAAAAUGAGCCGAUUGUUCAUAUCAUUCUCAAUAGCGGUGCUCUCUUCGCAAGAGUUGGUCAAAUUGUUCACGCACAAAUUCCAUGUGGCAUUCAACGCAAUUUUCGAGCUUCUCAUUAUAUAUUAUUGUUUUGGUGCUGAGAAAUUUGACAAUGAUGUUGAUUUCAUCGCAAGAUUGUUGUAUAACACAAUUUCCGAUGGAAAUCCUCAAAUUGCCGCGGGUUUAUGCGUUGCCGACACGGAUGAUUUUGGGCAAUGCCUGAAAUACUAUUGUGAAGUCUCGAAGCGCGGAUUUUCGCGAAAAGACGCACUAUUGGACGCAAAAGUGUGGUGCAAUAAUUCGCAAUGGUACAAAAUCUUAUACAACGUCUAUGUGAAACCGCCGAUCUCAUUUGACGAGUCGAUGGCGAAAAAUGCGAGGAAUCGAAUCAUCGAAGUGUUUUCCGGUGUGUUUUGCGCAUUAUCAAAUGAAUUGGCGUCGAUUGGAACGACGGGAACGUCGGGAUUCGCGCGAUUCUCGACGCUUCUUUGCAAACAUAUCAACAGCACCAGCGAUUUUUCGACGGUCGAGAGACUUGCCGACGGCGUUAUUCAAGCGUUCACAAAAUUUGACACCAACUGGAGCAUAUUGUUUGUCAAGGCCCGAAUAUACGAGAUUCUGAAGGCUGCCGGGACGACGAAGCGUAAAAGGCUAAUCGCAAGGAUGAAACGUCGAAUCGAUGUUGAGGAGGGUGAGUGUUCAGACGAGGGAUCGCCAGGGGAGAAACGCGUGCGAAUGGAAGAUGAUGAUGAUUUUGUAAUCGACACGACGGCGAGCACGAUUGAAGAGGAAGAUGAUAGUGUUGAGGAGGGCGAGGUGGCAAAGGGAAGCCCGAGUCGAUGGGAGAGGAGUUUGAAGCGAUUUUUGCUAGAUGAGGCACCUCAAGAAAAGCCGAAGAAUGAUGGGCGGUCGAAAAUCAAAUGUUUUAAUUGCGAUGGUGAGCACUGUAUUCAGAGUUGUCCGGCGCCGAAAGACUACGCCAAAAUUCGAAUGGCGAAAUUGGCGUUUAUGCAAAAACAAAACAAUAACUCAAAUACUAGGUACCACGCGAAUAGUUCCGGCCAAUCAAGCAGCUCGAAAUACAAGCCGGGACGGUUAAGUUCCGAUUUGAGAUCGGCGCUGAACAUCGGACCCGAUGAUAUUCCCGAAUGGAUUUAUCGAAUGCGAAAAAUGGGAUUUGUUGAUGGCUAUCCGCCUGGCUAUUUAAAGAAGGCGCUCAAAUUUGAUGAUUCGAAUAGUCUCAUCACAUUUCACAUGGAUUCGACGAAUUUGAACAUCCCUGAGUCGUGUACCGAUCAGAAGAAGCCGCCGCCGAUCGUUGAUGACACGAAAGUGAUGUAUUAUAUGGGAUUCAACAACACGUAUCGUGCGCUAAGAGAUCGAGAAAAAUUUCAUGUGCCUCCAUUUCAAACAUUUUGUGAAAUGCUUCAAAAGGGAGUUACUGAAAAACACAAUGCUUCUGAAGAUGCCCGAAUACUUGAAGCGACAAUGCUGAAAGCAAAAAAGGAUAUGGAGAAGGCGGAUGAAAUCAAAGUGGACGAUGAUGAAAUUGUGAUUGAUCGCAAUCCGACAAAUGACGAAGAAGCGGAAGGGGAUGGGCGAUGCGAAACUCCGGAUAUGAACACGUCGUCAAUGGGCGAAUCGAUAAGCGUGAUCGUCGGCACACCAAUCGUCUCGCAAAGAGUUGACAGUGGCGAAUGGAAAAAGCAAUCGAUACCGGACCUGGAUAAGUUUGCUGUCGGAAUUGUUCCGUUCGAGGCGAACGAGGAAGUCGGAGAGCGAGGAAUCUUCAAGAAGAUCAUGACGAAAAUCCGUGGCUAUUCGACUGGAGCCGAAUGA